AGGCUGGAAAAUGGACGUUUAUGAAAUUUGUUAAAUUUGCUCUUGAUGUUCUUGCUUCAAGAAUGGAAUACAAUGCCAAAUUACCAUUGGCAUUAUAAAAAGUGAGGUGACUGUAGGCCGUCUUCCUGACAAGGCAGAUGUGGCGAUACCAGUUGCAACAGAUGUGGUGUGCAUGCCGCAUUCAAAAGAAAGCAGGCAGUCUUCUGGUCAUGGAUUUGGACAUUCAUUAAUUCCUUCAUUUUCAGGCACAUUUGAGUUGUUUGUGCUUCAAAGUCUUCUAGAGUAUGGAAAUGUUCUCGUCGCUUAGUGGUUACCUUUUCUUCAUCAAUUUUUUUUGUGCCUUCUCAUUAGUCAUCAGCGCUCAAUACUGUUCUGGGGCUUAUAUACUGGGCUUUGGAGGUCCAAUCGGAAGAGACUUGAGAGUUAUAAUUAAAGCUCACUUAGGCCCAACAAGAAAAACUCAUUUCCCUCCUCUCCUCUCCUCCCUUGCGCGUUUCUCCCCUAGCCAUCCGGUGAAGGGCCGAUCGCACCGGACGAAGCUCUGGCCGCCGACCGAUUCUCGUAGAAAAUGGACUUCGUUGGAGCCAAGAGAUUUCGGUAACAUAACACUUUGUUUUAUGUAUUUUGACGCUUUUUGGCUCCGAUACGGCGCUCCGAUGGUCGCUGGUAUCGGUUCAACCUAUUUGAGCGCUAGAUCUGGCGCGCAUCAGAGAAACGGCGUUCUGUUUCCUACCAAUAAGGACCAGCCGACGCCGACCGGUGUUCCUAGGUGCUAAUGGUGCUCCUUACCCCGCGUUCUGGAUUGCGCCUGUUAGUGUUGGCGAUGUCCUCGACAUUUAGGUGCGUCCUCGCCGACUUUUUUUUUCUUGUUAUUAUUAUUAUUCUUAUUUUUUAUUUUCUUGAGGUAUUUGUGUGCUGAGAAAAUCUAGGGAAAUUUUCUUCUGUAAUAUUGAUUUCAUGUUUAGUGAAUUGAAUGAGAUCUGUUUUCUAUGUUUGUUUCUUAGUUCUACUCUUUAGCGUAGAUUUCUUAGGAAAACAAGAGUAUUUGGUGAAUUUAGUUGUUUUGGUUAUGGAGGUGAUAUUCUGCUUUUUCUGCUGUUAAACUGCUUAGAGGUAAGGAUGCGGCUUUCCUUCACUUGUUUGCAUUUUCUCUAUGGACUCACUGUUUUCAUGCAUCUGCCUGUUAGGGUUUACAUGUCCUCGACGUUUGGGUGUUUACUUGCUGACUUUCUUUUUGUUGAUUAAUUUUUUGGCGUCUCUGAUUGUUAUACUGUUCUUAUCGAGGUGUUUGUGUUCUAGGAGAAUCUAGGGGAAUAGAUUGCCUGUUCUUUUCUUCUGUAACAUUGAUUUCAUGUUUGGUGAAUUGACUGAGAUCUGCUUGCUAUGUUAGCUACUUUGUUCUACACUUUAGUGUAGAAUCUGUAGAUUUUUUAGGAAAACAAGAUUAUUUAGUCGAUUUAGCUGUUUUAGUUUUCUAAGGAAAAACAAGAAUAAGUAUUUGGUAACUUUGGCCAUUUGAUAAGGUGAUUUUUCUACUUUUCUGCUAUUAAAACUCUGAGAGUAGUAAGGAUGCAGUUUUCCUUCACUUGUUUGCACUUUAUGGUACAUACUUUUUUGAUGCAUUUUAUUUACUCCUAGGAAGUUGUUUGUUUUGUUAGUGGUUAUCCUUCAAUCAUUUGGUAAUCAAGAACAAUGUGGAAAAGGGAAUGGGAUUUAAUUGCUUGAUUGCAUUUGUUUUGUUGUUGAAAGUCCCUUGGAAAUUGGUA